AUGAAGUCCAAUUUUGCUGUUUUCUUAGUCCUCUCUCUUCUCCUGGUUGCUGAUUUGAGCUGUGCAAGAAAAGACCUGGGAGGGUAUUGGAAGGAGAUGAUGAAGGAGCAACCUAUGCCAGAAGCAAUCAAAGACCUUGUUGGAGAUUCACAAGUGUCAGAAGCAGGGAAGGAUCGUUUUAUCAGGGGCUUCAAUGUAAAGCCUAAUGUCAUAUUGUAUCACACCCAUGUUGUGUCCAUGAAGCAGAAGCAGAAGCAGAAGCAGAAGCUGAAGAAUUAA